AUGGAAAUUUUAAAUAGUUUUAAUUUAUCUAUUUUCUUUAUUUUAGUAAAUUUUAUAUUAUUUUCGAAAUCACAAUGUGAUAUAGGUUUUACCAAAACAGAUUAUGGGUGUAAUGACAAUGCUCAAUUAACUGGACUUCAAGCAAUUAUGUGUUAUGGUGCUGAGUUAGGAUAUAUAGGUUCUAUAUUUAUGAGAAUCGAUAGAAGUGUUCAGGCAUGUCCUGCAGCUGGAAAUCCUCCAUCACCAACUGCGUAUUCAGCAUUUGCACAAAGUUCAAUUAAUAAAAUUAUAGAUAAUAAAAUAACCUUUACACAAUGUUUUUCAACUGAAAAAAAUUUCAAUAUUUAUUAUAUUGGUGAAGCAUGUUUAUCAAGUAAUGACCAAUUUGUAAAGUCUUUUACAAUGGAUUUAAAUGGAUAUUUUUAUAUAGGAUCUUGCACGAAUAAUUUAUCAGUUUUUAAAUCUUUUAAAAAUGUUAGCGAUUUGGGAACCAUCAGAAGCACCGAGUGCCCAAAAAUUUAUCCUGGUCGAUCCGAAAUAGCUUAUAAUAUAAUAUAUUAUGGAAAUGUUCAAUGCCCUAAUUGCAACGAUCACGGAUUUUGUUCGAAUGAAACAAGCUAUAAUUGUAAUUGCGAUAAAGCAUAUUUAUAUGACGAGUUUUGUAGAGUAAACUUUUGCGACCAACCAGAAUAUCCAUGUAAUGAAGCAAAGUGUAACAGAGAGACUACAGAGUGUUACUGUGACUAUGGAUACAGAUUAAACCCAAAUACAAAUGAAUGCAUUGAUAUAAAUGAAUGUGUAGAGGGUGUCAAUGGUAAGUACCCAUGUUCAAUAAACUAUUUAUGUGUUAAUCAACCCGGUGGUUAUGUGUGCCAAUGUCCCUAUAACUCUUCGCUCAAUAAUUCAAGUCGUCCAUGCCAAUUAGAAUGUAGUAAUAAAUGUAGUGGUGCUCAUCAAGGUACUUGCGUAAACAGUGCUUGCCAAUGCAAAGAAGGUUAUACAGGCUUAGAUUGUUCAGAAAUAAAUCUAUCAAGUGGUGCCAAACCAGUUUUAAAUUUAACAUCACCAAGUGUAAAUAAUAUAUUUGAAAAUGAAACCUAUGAAUCCCUGGUUUUUAUUAAAGAAAUAGUGGAAUUGGAUAUCUAUGGUAACAUACUCAAUCAUUAUUCUUUAAAUUCAAUCAAAUGGAAUUUUAAAAACAUCACUAACCAAAGUCAGGUCGAAAUAUAUACAUACAAUGCAGCUAUUAUAGGAAAUGAUCAAUUUGAAACCAAUAUUACAGUUACCAUACAAUGGUUUAAAAAUCAAAGCACCUUCAUUCCAUUUGCAAAUCAAGAUUUGUUAAUUAAUCCAUAUACUUUAAAGUUCAAUGUUGAAUUAUCAAAAUACAAUUUUAGAAAUAAAUUAUGUUCAUUACAAUUGGUUAUUGGUUCAGCAAUGGUAAAUAAAGAAACCACCUGCACAUCCUAUUCAGUGGAUCAAAAUGGUUAUGACUCUGAUUAUUUCACAUUAAAUACAGAUGAAAAAAGUUUUUCCUGUAAAUUAUUAAAAAGGGGAAUUGUGGACAAUGAAAUCAUCAUCCUAUCAAACUCAUUUAAAUAUUUACCUUCAGAAAAUAAUUCAACUUUUACCUCACUAAAUUUAAUCACCAAUAUACCUUAUUAUGAAUCAUCAUUAAUAAUAGACCCCGAUUUUUCAGUAUUACUAAAUACAAAAACUGACAACAAUAAUAACAAUAAUUUAGGUAAAAUUUGUGAAAAAAAUAGUGGUUUAUCAAAAAACCAAUUAAUUGGUAUAAUAGUUGGUUCAGUUUGUGCUUUUAUUAUAAUUAGUGUUUCUUUAAUAAUAAUUAUAAAAAAAAAUGUUUAUUCAGCAAAAAUUGGUAUUAAACUCAGGGAAAUAUUCUAA